AUGGGCUCCUUAACCAGUGAUCGUAACGCUAGUGAAGCGACGUCUCUCGGUCAUAUACAGGACGUAGCUGUGAUUGGUGCUGGAAUUAGCGGCGUCGUUUCGGCAGCACAUCUCAUUCGAGCUGGGCUUAACGUCACAGUAUUCGAGCGGACUGGAGCAAUAGGAGGUGUGUGGGACUACGAGCCUCAGUCUGAUAGGGAUCCACCUUUCCCUAACGUUCGACCUCCAGACCCAAACUGGAAUGAGGUUGAGAAGGAAGGGUUAACAGCGGAUGAAGUGGCCCUUCUACAUGCUCCGCCUAACCCAUGCUAUGCGGGCUUGAAAAACAACAUUCCAACCCCUGUGAUGCGAAGCAGUUUACUACGAUGGCCGGAAGGCAGUGAAGACUUCGUGGAUCAAAAAGUGGUUCAUCAUUACAUUGAGGAUAUUGCCCGGAUUCGUAAUGUUUACGAGAAAGUGCUUUUUUACACCCGAGUAGAGAGUGUAUCAAAACCUGAUGGCGACGACAAGUGGACCGUUAGAACAAGCACAUUCUCGAGGACCACAUCGGGCCAUACACUAAACAAGAAGUCAUGGAAAUUUGAUUCGGUCGUAGUAGCAAGUGGGCACUAUCACGUCCCAUUUGUCCCGGAUGUCUCCGGGUUAGCCACAUGGAAACAACGCUUUCCCGACCGUGUCACACAUUCGAAGCGAUAUCGAACCCCUGUUCCUUUCAGCAACAAGACUAUUCUUCUAAUUGGUGCUGGAGUGUCAGCUUUAGACAUCGCAAGAGAGACAGCGCCGUUAGGGGCCAAGAUAAUUCAAAGCAGACGAGAAAGUAAAUACGACGUACUUGCAUCGCGUCUACCUGAGGGCUCUCUGAGAGUAGGGAUGGUUAAGGAUUUUGUCCUUGAUGAGACAGCAAAGGAUGUAACUUCUAACUCUCUAGGGUCUGAUAAGGCGAUACCCGGAAAGGUCGUGGUCGAAGACGGCACGGUCUUGGAUGGCAUUGACCAUGUGAUUGUUGCAACUGGGUACAUCACCUCCUAUCCAUUUUUAGGGGGUUUGCAGCAGCCUUCGAUUCCCUGGGAGGAUGCUGAUGACAAGGUGCUCAUAACUUCCGACGGAUACAUUACACACAACCUACACAAGGACAUCUUCUACAUUCCCGACCCAUCGCUCGUUUUUAUAGGUGUUUCGCAUUUGGUCUCAACGUUUUCGUUAUUCGACUUCCAGGCUCAGGUCGCAACCAAAGUUUUAGCGGGGCAAGCUCGGCUUCCUUCCAAGUCUGUGAUGAGGGAAGAACAUAGGGAAAGAAAGGCGAAGUUUCAACCUGGAGAUAGAUUUCACAGUAUGUACGCGGCCGAGGACGCCUAUAUCGAGAAGGUCCUGGAUUGGGUAAACGGUGAUUUAGCGAAGGCAGGGCUAGAUCCAUUGCCAGGUUUGGAUGAGGAAUGGCACGCCAAAUACAAGCUCCUUAAAGAAAAACUUCAGAACCCCGAAACUGCGGCGGACACGUUUGGUAAAACUUGA